AAAAAUAGAACAUUAUAAAUAAGUUAACUUAAUAUAUAAAAUAUUUUCGAAAUUUAACAUAAAAAUAAACAUAUAAAUACAAAAUAAUAAUUAAUUUAAAAAUGUAAGACUUUUACUCAAUAAUAAGUAAAUAAAUUUGACUUAUAAUUUAAAAAUUUUAGGCUAUAUGCUAAUGAAAAUAUUCACAAAUAACAUAUACUAUGUAUAAGUUGAACUAAGUAUAAAUAAUUGAGAAUGUUCACAUAAUAUUUUAAAAACACCAAAAAUAUGCUAAAUCAUCAUUUUAUUUACUAUAUAAAACUGAAGCAAAAAGCCAUUGAGAAUAUACACAUAGGAUUAUAAACAACCAAUCAAAAUAAGAAAUCCUAAUUUUGAUUGGCUUACAAUUUUUUAAAAAUGUUAAAAUUUCUAAAACUGAUUAUUUUAAUACAUAAUGGAAUUCAAUAUCAAAAAGGCAACUACUAAAUAAAUAAUUAAAAUGGAAUUGACUCAUAUAUAUAUAAAAUAUUUGGAAAUUUAACAUAAAUCUAUGUGUUAUAAAAGUGUAGGUGAUGUUAUAAGAAAAAGUCGAGGCCAUAAGUCAUUAAAGGUAUGUAUACAAAAUUUAAAACAACCAAUUAUAUUAUGACAAGUCAUUAUUUUAAUUUUUAUUUUCAAAAAUGUCAAUAUUUCCAAAAACAAAUCAUUUAAAAAUAAAAUAGAAACCACUAUCAAACAAAGUAAGUUAAUAAAAUUAAAACAUUAUAAAUAAAUUCAAUUAAUAUAUCUAUAUAUAUAAUAUUUUUCAAAUUUAACAUUAAAAUAAAAUACAAAAUAAGAAUUAAUUUUAAAAAUACAAGGCUACAAUAAUAAGUAAAUUAACUCAUGAUUUUCAAAGUUUAGGUUAUAUGCUAUUGAAAAUAUUCACAAAUAUAGGAACCGUUCCGGUAUUUGAGGGUUUUGGUACGGUUCCGAUUUUAGGUAUUUCAGUUCGGUUUUGGUAUUUUUUGCCUAGGCCUUUUAUUUAACUGAUAAUAUUUCAGUAUAUUUGAUAGUUAUCUAAAAUCAUUUACAACAUCAAAGAUUUUGGUACGACAUUAUCAAAAGAAAAAAUAAAAACAAAAUAUGUCUUAACCAAUGAGAAGGGAACUCGUGUGGUCCACGCGAGUCUUCUGUUGAAGUACACUUAACUUUGACUGUACUGAGUCGUCUUGGAAUAAUAUUUGUGAAUAUUUAAUGUGCAUGGGCAAAGUUCUAGCAUAAGAAGAACGAAAGAAGACAUCAAAAAACUUUAAGAAGAAUUCAAACGUUAUUCAACCUCUUAGAAUUUCCUUGUUUGAACUUUUAAUUAUUGAAUAUCUUUCUAAAGUUAAAUCUCUCUUAAUUACCUUAAUCACUCUAUUCUGCAUUAAUACCUUAAAUCUUUUCUCUCUCUCUAUAUAUAUAGAUUUACAUUCGUAUUAAAUCUCCACAAACCUAGAGAAAAAGGUCUCUUUCUCCUUUCUGUUUUCCUCCUCUCUCUCUCUCUGUUAUAUAAUUUCUCUUCAGCUUCUUUGCUAAGUAAUGGAGUCGUCCCGCGUCAACUCAACCGGCGGCGAACGCGACGGAAAUGCGACGGAGGAGAAUCUGUCUCCGGCGGAGAUGUAUCCACGAGGUGAGUCUCAGUUCCAACCGGACACUCAUAGAGCUCUCGACGAACAGCUGUCUCGAUUCCCGACUGGUGUUGAUGUCGAAACCCUAGAUUCCUCUUUCGCUAUGCUCUCCCUUCGUCAGCAGAAUCGUUGGACCAAUCGAUCGUCACUGCAGCAAAAUCAAGGGAUCAAUGGCGGCGGCGGGGGUUGGUCUCUUCCUCCUCAGCGUGAAGUAGGUUUGCAGGAGAUGAUGAAUCACUACUUUCAAAGAACAUCGCCGUCCCUGAACGAUUACGUUAACGACGGAGGAUCGUAUGGGCAGAGUAGUGUUUCGCCCGACUUGUCGAGAGGUCGCGACAAUGGGUUUGGUUCUUGGAGGAGCAACGAAGGUUUCGUGAACGCGAGAAUGGGACCCAUUGCUUUGCUUGCUUAUAAGGAUCCAAAAUCGAGCCUUGUCUUGCAGGAGAAGAUCGAUGAGUGUUCCAAGGAGACCAUUGAUGUGAUGUUCAACGAUGUUAUCUCUAGCAUCUAUGAGUUGAUGGAACACCCUUUCGCUUCUCAAGUCCUUCACAAGCUUAUGCACAAGUGUAGCUCUCAACAGAUCAGUCAUAUUAUCGAUGUGAUCACUCUGAACCAGUUAGGAUUUAUUAAGAUGUGCAUUGAUCCUGUCGGAACCCGUUCGAUACAGUCGCUGUUGAGGUGUCUUCAUUCUGAAGAACAAAUUUUGCGGGUAGUUGGAGCUGUUAGCAUGGGAGUACUUUCAUUUACAAGGAGCAACGGUGCUAAACAUGUGAUUAUGCAAUGCUUUAACCAGUUUCCCCCCUCGUUGAAUCGGGAUCUUAUUGAAGUUUUAGCUCAGAACUGUUUCGGGUUAGCAAUUGACCAACAUGGCUGCUGCAUGCUUCAGCAAUGUCUUGGUACUAGUUGUGAGGUGCUAACGAAACGUUUGAUUCGUGAGAUAAUCAGUAAUGCGUUGAGCCUCUGCGUGAACAACUUCGGAAACUACGUGGUGCAGUAUGUAGUGGAGCUGAAUGAUCCAAACGUAACAAUUUUGCUCGUGCAACAGCUGUUUGGGAACUACGCGCGCCUCUCCCGUAACAAAUACGGAAGUCAUGUUGUGCAGAAGUUCUUGAAAAUACACUAUAUCGACCAUAGCAUGAUCGUAUAUGACUUGCUCAAAGAUAUUGAUACACUUCUUGUAGACCCUUUUGGAAACUAUGUCAUUCAAACUGCAUGGUUUGUGUGUGAGGACGUAUUGCGCGUCAUUUUGAUGAGGCAUAUAGAGCGUAAUAAACCAUUGAUGAGGUGCAACAAGUUUGGGAAGAAAGUUCUGGAUAAACUCAAUCUCUAGAGCCAAAAGUUAAAAGAAAGAAAGAAGAAUGUAUGUGCUUAUCAUAAUUGUUUUGUUGUGUCAUUGUUGAAUUUUCUAGGUGAGGCUUUUGUUUUGUGGAACAAUAUGUUUUUGUUACAUAACCAAAAAAUAUUGUCCUCACCAGUAUGUUUUGUCCUGUCUUUGUCUUGAGAGAUUUAUGUUUUUGUGUUUGUUCGUUACCUAUUAUAUAUGUGUAAAAGACUCGAGACUAUUUUCUAAUUCUAGUUCUGUUUAUUGUC